CAUAAAACAGCUACAUUGAUCUGUCUCCAAACUUAAGGAGAUAUUUGGGUCUCUAUAUUAUGCUUUAUUCUGUUGAUCUGAGACUAAGUUUGUCCUACUGCGUAGGUAUCAUGGUAUCGUAACGAUAACCGCUAGAGGCUAGAUCUCAGUCUGCGUCUAAAUGUUUGAGAACUGCGUUGACAAGCUCGCGACUAAACCAAUUGACGAGUACAAUCUCAUCGGGAAACCUGAAACAGCACAUAUAGAAAACAGUUGUAGCCUAUAAUCAGAAAGCAUCUGAACUAUCAAUCGUUGGCAUCUGGAUCUCGUUAAUGGAUUAGCUACCACGGAGGGGUCAGUGCACAAUGCUUAGCUAACACUGAUACCACGUGAUGCAGCUCGUUCCCCCUGGAACUGCGCGUCCAAAUGUCACGAAGCUGAGGCCAGUCACUUCGCGCCAAAAUUUCUCCAAGACGCGACCCAUUUCAUCGCCAGACUCCAUCAACAUCACGACGCUAGCGACAUCGAAUUCCCGACGACGUACGAACAAUCAUCUCUCUGAUUCGUGAUAAUUCUGUUCGCCAAAUAUCGCACAAUAAUCUGAUUGUGCGCGCUCGAUUGAUUCGCCGUCCUGAACUACCGUUCGCGGUCUGAUCGCGGUAACCAUAAAGAUGGACGACUCUGCUACCUAUGGCUCGCCCGGCAACGGUGCCUCGCCCAACAGCAACCCUAUCCUCGCUCAGCCUCCCCUGCAGCCAGAGUCAGGUGCAGGCGACAGCGAAGACAUCCAGAUGUCCGAGGGAUUGGCUACUGAGUCAAACAUCAAACAGGAUAGUACAACUCCUGCGCCAGCUCGAGGCGAUGAGGAGAUGAACGAUGCGCCCGCUGAUGAUGCCAAGACGAAGGAGGAUGGAGCGGCCGCUACAGAUGGUCAAGAAUCCAAGUCAAAGGAGGUUGUUGAGUCGGCUGCUCGCGACCAUCUCAUCGCGCAGACUCACGCGAUUGUCCUUCCCAGCUACAGUACCUGGUUCGACAUGAAUGCUAUUCACGAAAUCGAGCGUAAAGCCAUGGCCGAGUUCUUCAACAACCGUAACCGAAGCAAAACACCAGCUGUCUACAAGGAUUACCGCGAUUUUAUGAUAAACACAUAUCGCCUCAACCCUGUUGAAUAUCUGACAGUCACAGCCUGCCGCAGGAACUUGGCUGGUGAUGUUUGCGCCAUUAUGCGCGUCCACGCCUUCUUGGAGCAAUGGGGCUUGAUCAACUAUCAGGUUGACGCCGAGCAACGCCCAUCACACGUUGGACCACCCUUCACUGGCCAUUUCAAGAUCAUAUGCGAUACUCCCCGAGGCCUCCAGGCGUGGCAACCUUCUGCCGACCCUGUGGUUCUGGAAGGCAAGAAGAGCCAAGAUACCGACCAAAAGGCUGCUGCUGCCGCUCCCGCUAAAGGGGAGCAGAACCUCGAAAUUGGACGAAACAUUUACGAGGCCAAUGCUAAGAACACCCUCAUUAGCAAGACUGAGGGCAAGACCAAUGGUGAGACGCCAGCCACCAAUGGCGCAACUGGUGCCGAUGAUGCCACCAAGACCCCCAUCGCCAAGGUCCAUUGCCACCAGUGCGGCAAUGAUUGCACUCGGAUAUACUAUCACAGCAACCAUACAGAUGCCAACCCCAAGGCCAAAUAUGACCUUUGCCCUAACUGCUUCACUGAGGGUCGCCUGCCUGCCAACCAUAACAGCAACAUGUAUGUGAAGAUGGAGAACCCCACCUACACAUCGACCUUGGACCGCGAUGCUCCAUGGACGGAUGCCGAGAUUCUGCGACUCCUUGAAGGCCUCGAGCGAUUCGACGACGAUUGGGGUGAGAUUGCAGAGCAUGUUGGUACCCGCACAAGGGAAGAGUGUGUUCUCCAAUUCCUUCAGCUGGACAUUGAGGAGAAGUAUUUGGACUCUGAGGCUCCCAUCAGUGCCCCGACUGGCCUGUCUAUGCUUGGCCCCCAACAAGGACAGCUUCCCUUCAGCCAAGUUGAUAACCCUGUGAUGUCUGUCGUCGGUUUCCUUGCUAGCUUGGCAGACCCAGCCAGUACGGCAGCGGCCGCAAGUAAAUCUGCCGAAGAGCUCAAGCGCAAGCUCCGCAAGCAGCUCGACGGCGACAAAGCCGAUGAUGAUUCCCAGGCCAGCGGUGACAGCAAAGCCAAGAGUGAUUCUAUGGAUAUCGACCUCCGACAAGAGACCACGACGACUACAACCACAACUACGACGACCACCACAAAGACCAACGCGCUCGCAUCCAUUCCUCUGGCUUCGAUAGGUGCUAGGGCUGCCGGAUUUGCAUCUCAUGAAGAACGCGAGAUGACUCGCCUGGUUUCCGCUGCUUCAAAUGUGACACUACAAAAACUUGAAUUGAAGCUCAAGUAUUUCGACGAGAUGGAGGCCGUCCUACGUGCGGAGCGACGAGAGCUUGAACGGGCAAGACAGCAACUGUUUCUCGAUCGAUUGACCUUCCGACGUAGAGUUCGAGAAGUACAGGAGGGCCUGAAGGCUGCCGCGGCUGUUGGAGGCGAACAAGGCGUACGACUUGCACAAGAAGCUAUGAGCGAAGGAGACCGGUUGAGCUUCCAGGCCGUCCCAGGCGCGCAGGCCGUCCCACCUCCCAGCAGUGAUGGCCAAAUUAAGAGCUACGAGGCAUGAAGGACGGAAUUGAGACUGGAUAGCAUGAGCUCUAAUUAGGGGAAAGCACUGUUUGGACACUUGGAAUCAAAGUCACGGCGUCUGGUUGGUACAAGGAAUUGAAGUGCCGGGAUCAUCACGGAUCUCAAGCUGUGUCACUUUCUGUCACUUAAUAUGAGCUGCGUCUGCGCGAUGCUGGUUAAAAUGUGACGGAUGAGAUUGAAGCACAUCCUUGAGGGUCUCUACAACCACUGACCAGAGACAACUUGGGAGAUUCUUCAGAAAGCAACUUGGCCAUUGAUGGACACAAGGCCUGCACGUUAAUCUAGUCUUCUGCGGAGGGUGUACUAGUACAUGGUAUAGAUGCUUUGGUGGUUUUGUCGCAGCAGAAAUUAUUUGGUCAAUGAACGGUUGGGUUGUAAAUUGGCGAAUUGGAAUGUUUUAUGUUAGCUGUUAUGCUCUCUACCUAUCGAGUUUUCUCAUUGUGUGAUCCAUGACUGUCGGAUUGUACUAUGUAUGUUGAGUUUUGCAGUUUGCAAUGAUUGAUUAAGGUAGUUCAUAUUGUGUGUGCCAGAUCACAUCAAUGAUCGGGCAAACGGGGAAGAGACAGUAUAUACAGUGUAAGAGACCAAGUUCGCAAUGCUCCGUAUGACGAUUUGAGGGCUUGGAAGAUGGCAAUGGACCAAGGGAACAAGUAACAUCAAAUGGAGAUGAGCUCUCUCCACUUCCCCACGAAUAAGGAAAACUGGGGUAGAUUCAGGCUUUGACGUAGUGUCUUCUUAUGGCGUAGUGGUGUAAAUUGGUGGAUUACUUGUGAAGAAUGACCGGAGGCAUGUGAGCACUUUAAACAGAGCAGAGUAAGCUGACUAUGAUAGGGAAAUGCUUCGACUUUGUCCGACCCUUGUAGUUG